UGGCUCACCCGAAGUCUCUCUCCUUCCCACGUAUUCUCGCGAACUCCCGUCGACGUCUAAGGUACUGCCCUAUCUGACGCUUGAACAUAUACCCGUUUUCUGGAUCUGCUUUGUCCAUGUCAAUCAAGAUACCCUCUAGAGGGAAGUUUUACUUGUACCGCCUCUUGGGUUAGUCAGAACCAUGAAGAAGCUUUAGUUUUUCCAGACAUACUUAGGCCAGCUGGUCUACCCGUGGUUGUUUGAAGUGUCUUGCGUCAUCCAAAUGCAAAAAAUAUGACGAUAGUCACCCUGACGCAAGAUUUAGAAAAGGGCAAGUUACACCUCCUCUUCUCCUUCGCUCCUCUCUUUUUUAAUCCGCGUGAUAUCUCGGAAGAAAAUAUUGACAUACCCUAAGAAAGGCCCUAUAAUAUGCUUCAAUACCUCACAUUUCAACUAUAUUUCACAUAGUCUUCAAUAUUUGCAUCCUGGGCUUCUUCAUAAACUUCCCAAAAUGGAGAUUGAAGGCCUGUUACAAUUUGCUCGCAACGACGUUCUACUCUUUGCUGGCGGCUGCAUCAUACUUAUAGUUAUGAUACUAUUUAGUACCAGCACGAAUCUCGAACAGUUAUUUGACCGUAUGCAUAUGUUUGAGCUUUCUAACAAGAUUCGGCGGACAAAGAUGGCUAUCCAGUCCACGGAUGAACAUGAGAAAGAUUGUGACUGGCUUGUUGAACGACUCUAUUUGGUUAAGAGACUCCAUGAAUGGAGGCAACGUCAAAUAUUCCUUAGAGAAAUAAUAAUCGAAUACGUUACGCAAGGGAAGCUAGAUAAGAUUUCUAAUCUGGAUAACUGGGGGCCUAGAGACUGGCAACACAAGUUAUUGAAUGAGGCUAAUGAGGCCUGGGCUCUUAUAAACGAAUACCAUGACCUUUAUCAACGCAAGCCUCAGGGCCCUAGAGUAAGGCUACGUGAUAAUUAUAUCUCCCAGGUCUAUAAUACUCUACUUAAUAACCCGACCAAACACCUUUCUCAGAAAUCUCUAGUGGAGGCAUGCGAGGCGCGAGGUGGUUGCUGUGCAAGGGCAUGUCAGUGCUGUAUGAAACCGCGUGGCCAAUACCCUAAUAAAAGACUAUACUACGCCCAUUGCACGCUAUUCUGCGGAUGUUGUGUCCGUAAUCGAGGAUUCGUACAACAUAAAGAAGAACAUUACGAAGAACGGUGCCAGGAUUGUGAAAGGCUCAGCGAUAUUUCAGAUCCUUUCCCUAUUGAAGGCUGUGGAUGGUUCAAAGUAUUGUAG